GUUGACUCCUAUGAUGUGUCCGUGGAAGAAGACCUUGGAGAAAUUCAGCUACUAAAAAUUGAGAAACGAAAAUAUUGGUACCAGGAUGACUGGUACCUUAAGUAUAUCACUGUAAAAACACCAAUGGGUGACUAUUUGGAGUUCCCUUGUUACCGUUGGAUUACAGAUGAAAAGGAGAUUGUCCUUCGAGAUGGAAGAGCAAAACUCGCUCGGGAUGACAAGACCCAGAUUCUGAAGCAGCACAGACGCAAAGAGCUUGAGACGCGGCAGAAAACAUACCGUUGGAAGGAGUGGCAUCCAGGCUUUCCUCUGAGCAUUGAUGCCCAUUCUCACAGUGAUCUGCCUCGUGAUAUCCAAUUUGACAACGAGAAAGGAAUUGACUUCAUUCUGAACUACUCUAAAGCGAUGGAGAAUCUUUAUAUCAACCGUUUCAUGCACAUGUUCCAGUCCUCCUGGAGUGAUUUUGCAGAUUUUGAGAGGAUCUUUGUCAGAAUAAGCAACACAAUCUCCGAAUACGUGAUGCAGCACUGGAAGGAAGAUUUUAUGUUUGGCUACCAGUUCCUGAAUGGAUGCAAUCCUGUGCUGAUCCGGAGAUGCACAGAGAUACCCAAGAAGUUGCCUGUAACGAUGGAUAUGGUAGAAUGUAGUCUGGAGAGGAACCUGACCCUGGAGGAGGAGGUGAAGCAAGGAAACAUUUUCAUUGUGGACUAUGAGCUGCUGGAUGGUGUGGAUGCCAAUAAAACAGACCCGUGCACAAUACAGUACUUGGCUGCACCCAUCUGUCUGCUGUAUAAGAAUCUGGAGAAUAAAAUUGUACCCAUUGCAAUCCAGCUUGGUCAAAAGCCUGGGCCAGAUAAUCCUAUCUUCCUUCCCUCAGAUGCUACAUAUGACUGGCUGCUAGCUAAAAUUUGGGUUCGCUCAUCUGAUUUCCACAUCCACCAGACAGUGACCCACCUCUUACGGACACACUUAGUCUCAGAAGUGUUCAGCAUCGCCAUGUUCCGGCAGCUGCCUGCUGUACAUCCCCUCUUCAAGCUCUUGGUGCCACACAUGCGGUUCACAAUAGCCAUCAACACCAAAGCCAGAGAACAGCUUAUCUGUGAAUGUGGCCUAUUUGACAAGGCAAAUGCUACAGGUGGAGGAGGACAUGUACAAAUGGUGCAGAAAGCAGUGAAGGAUCUGACUUAUAGCUCCCUCUGCUUCCCUGAGGAGAUCAAAGCUAAAGGUAUGGACAGCAAAGAGGACAUCCCCUACUAUUAUUACCGGGAUGACGGCAUUAAAGUCUGGGAGGCUAUAAAAAGUUUCACAGAGGAUGUGAUUCACAUCUACUACGAGAGUGAUGAGGUGGUGUGUGAGGAUGUGGAGCUCCAGGCCUUUGUCAAAGACAUUUACGUCUAUGGGAUGAGGGGCGUGAAGGCCUCAGGGUUUCCUAAGGUGAUCAGAACACGAGAGAAACUAGCAGAAUAUCUCACGGUGAUAAUAUUCACUGCAUCAGCCCAGCAUGCAGCUGUGAAUUUUGGUCAGUAUGACUGGUGUUCUUGGAUUCCCAAUGCCCCCCCAACAAUGCGCCGCCCUCCUCCAACAGAAAAGGGGACAGUCACCAUCGAGCAAAUUGUGGAGACUCUGCCAGACAGAGGACGUUCUUGUUGGCAUCUUGGAGCUGUCUGGGCCUUGAGCCAAUUCCAGGACAAUGAACUGUUUCUGGGCAUGUACCCGGAUGAACACUUUGUGGAGAAGCCAGUGAAGGAGGCGAUGGCAAAAUUCCGGAAGAGCCUGGAUGAGAUUGUCAGCGCCAUCGCUGAGCGCAACAAGAACAAAAAGCUGCCCUACUACUACCUGUCCCCAGACCGUAUUCCCAACAGCGUUGCUGUGUGA